AUGGAAUCUUUCAUGACAACUGGAGGCGACACAUCGGCCGAAGCGAUUCUCCAAAACGUUUUUCGUCGAGCCCAUCAUGAGGACCCAAAGACGGGUGGGAUCGAAUUGGCAGUUGGGUUGCUACUCCAACACCCCAAACUGGCUCGGAAAACAUACUUGACCAAGAGGGCACCCACUGCCCGUUAUCCGCUCUUUAUCCUGGCGCAAAGUGGCGCUUCCUUGGCACAGGUGAAAUCCGUUUUCGCCUUGUACUCGAGCGAGGAGCACAAGGAAAAAUUGCAAAGCGUUCAUCAAGGUUCCCACUCUCGCAUUCUUCCCAAACCAGAGCUCAUGCAAGUCAUGGAAGGUGGAAAAGCCAGUUUCGAUGUGCUGUCCUUUCUCGUGGAAAAUUGUCCUGGAUUAUUAACACACAACGAUGCCAUUGGUGGCUUGGCCGUGCACAAAUUUUUUCGUCGUUGGGGCUAUGGAUUUUACCGCGUCGAAGGAUCCCAGAAAUGCGACAAUCUUGCUUUUUCCAUGAUUCAGAAGUGUCCCGCAUGUUGCGAUUUUGAUCUCUUUUGGUUGGCGUUGCAAGUGGAAAGUUCGGACAAAAUUGUGGACAUGAUUGUGGAGCAAUUACUAAAGCGAGGCGACAUUGAUAGUCUCGAAUACAAGGGUACUGCGCUCGGUCCGGCGAGAUCUGGUUUCGACUUGUCUGUGCGAGACGUUAAAGCCAUUACCAAGCUCUUGGAAAAGGCCGAAACAUUCUCCUUUGACCCAUUUCCGGGCGCGCUGACACCGGACACUUUUCGAUCCCUCAUGAAUGGAAUCAUGGACGCCAAGACUUUACGUCAGGUCAGCCUUUCAUUGGACGGUCAAUUCCUGGAAACUCAUGACGCAGCGCGAACCCAUUUCCGACGGGCGUUGGCCAAUUCAAGCUUUGAAGAGUUCAAGCUAUUCUUGCCAGUGUUUGGAAGCACUGCGGACGCAAUGGUGCACGACAUGGUUGCGGCAUUUCGUUUCCGAAACAAACCUCUAGUGAGCCUGACGUUGGAGAAUGGUCACUUUACAUCCAUGAACUCCCUCAUGAGAUUGAUUUCCUCUGAUUGCACCCGAUCUUUGGUGUUUCGUUCGGUUGGUUUGCCGCAACAUGCGCAUACCGGUACGAACACCCCCGCACCCGACAAUCAAUGCUUGGAAAGUUUUGAGAUGGUGGGGGGCUACUUGACGCCCGCGACCGAUACCGAUACCACGGCGGCACUGAUCCGUUGCCUGGGUGCGAUUCCGUCAUUGGAACGGUUGGUCUUCCAACGACCGAAAGAAUCCCUUUCGGAAGAUGCGACAGACCUCGUGGCGGAUCUGCUACGUCGAUCGCAAAACCUGAAAGAACUCGAUCUCCCGCUCGACAUGCGGGUUGAUGUUUCCUCCAUUUGCGAGGUGUUGAAGGACAACAAUACACUGCGUAGCUUUUCCUGUUGGCCAGUCGUUGGGCACGAAGAAGCCCAAGCCAGGAGCCGAUCGCAAACUGUGAAAGUCAACACCACGCUGAUCCGGUUCGACUGUUAUGGAUUGGGCUGUCGUGAUGGGCGCGAUUCUUUCACUGAGACCGACUACCAUUUGUACUUGAAUCGAUUUGGCAAACGGCAGGCACGAGACCCCGAGACCUCGAAAGCAACAUUUGUCAAACUGCUUGAUGGUGUUUCCAACGACAAGUCCUUCCUGCAUCGCUUUAUCGUUGCCGCCGAGCAUUCGGUACUGUAUGGGUUGCUGCGAGAAAACCCCACCGUUUGGUUGGCGCAAGGGCACGCCAAAAGACCGCUGGAGCGUUCCUUUCAUCCCAAUUCUCCAGCUCCAAAGAAGCGUCGAAUCGCCUGA